CAUAAAGAAAGUUUGGCAACACUGUUUGUUGGAACUAAAAAUUUUUGCGGUUGCAUCACAGGUUUCGUGAAUAAAAGGAAUCUAGAAAAUUAAAUAUUGGAAAUGCCCCUCAGAAGCUUUUUGAAAGAUUUUUUAGCACUGCCUGUUGUUAAAGCAGAUGACGAGGAGUUAGUUGAUCCAAAAGUCACUUUGAGGGAACAAUGCAACAACAAGGCACAUAUUAGCGCGUUAUACAACAAAUAUCAGGAGUGUAAUGAUCGCGUUAACAGCCGAAGCAAGACGUUGGAGAAUUGUAUGGAAGAACUUAUGGACUAUGUUAGCGAACUCGAUCACUGCGUUGCCCAUACCUUGUUUUCUAAAUUAAAGUAAAGAUAGCAUUAUCGGGUAAAAAGUGUCAUAGUUAAAAUUUUUAUGGUUACCUAGCCUGUGAAGAAUAAAGUUUAUUAUCUGCUAUAAAAUGCUACCCGGUUAAAAGUUUUGAAAUAAAUCCCAUUAGAAAUUUUAAGUGUUGUUAAAAUCAAACGUAAAGAUCAAGUAUUGAAAUAUGAUUCAAACUAAAGCAUAUAAAUAUCAUAUAUAUAUGUAAUGGAAUGUAAUUUAGAUCCAGUGGCUUAAAGACAAUUACACAUGAUUGGCAAUGUCGUAA